AUGGAUCCCGGCGGCGGCGCUGGGGCCAGCGCCGCCAACCUCCCUGUGGACAUGCUAGCCAACAUCCACGGCCGCCUGAGCCUCCUAGACUUCGCCGCAGCCUUCCGCUCCUCGCGCGGCGCAUUCCGGCCGGAGGCGCCGUGCCUCGUCCUUCCCGGCGACACCCCGGAUACGGUCACGCUCUUCUCCCUCUCUGGACGCCACGCCAUCUCCGUGCGCGCCCCGGAACCCACGCUGCUCGACCACAUCAUCAUGGGCUCCUCACCCUCCCGCGGGUGGCUCGUCACCGCCGACGACCGGGCCCGGCUCCGCCUCCUCAACCCUGUCACCGGCGAGCGGCGCUCGCUCCCGGCCAUCACCACCAUCCCCUGCCUCCACGCCACGACCGGCGGGGAGAACCCCUGCUUGACGCUCGACCUGAAGUGGUUCUUCAGGGGCCCCCCGCUGCGCUCCUACGGCCCUGUGACGAUGACCGCCGAUACAUUGCGCCGCUGCCUCUACCGCAAGGUCGUCCUCUCUGACUCCGGCGCCAUAGCCAUGCUGAUCACGGGGCUGGGGUACGGUGCCGUCGCCUUUGCGACGGCGGGGGGCGGCUCGUGGAGGCUUGCACCCCCGCGCGACGGCGUCGAGCCCAUCGCCUCGCCGAAAGCCGACCCGUGGAGUCUGGGACCCUCGCCUGACGGUGUCGAGGAUGCUGUCCACCACGAGGGCAGGUUCUACUCGAUCACAUGCUCGGGCAAGAUGGAGGAGUCGCGGCAGCAGGAUGCCGACAUCAUGUUCGCGAGCACGGUGGUCGAGCCAGCGCUUCGGCUGGUGCCGGCCGACACGAACAACUGCAAGUACCUCCUGGUGACGCCGGGCGGACGGCUGAUGGUCGUGCUCAAGACCAAGGAGACCACGGGUUGGCGGACACCAUUGUCCUUCAAGGUGCAGGUCCUCGGCGCGGGCGCCAAGGAGUGGAAGGAGACGGACGACAUUGGCGACCCAGCGCUGUUCGUUGGGACGAAGGGUUCGUUGUGUGUGUCGACGAGGGAGCACCCGGAGCUCAGGGCCGGCUGUGUCUACUAUGCCGCCCACGGCGGCGUCGUGGUGUUGAGCCUCAAGGGCGGCACGGUGAAGGAGGUCGAUGGCCUCUGGACGGACCACAGCUGGCUGGAGUGGUUCACGCCGUGCAUUUCACGAUAG